AUGUGGAGUGAGCUCGCCCAACCACAAAACAAGGAGCUUUGCCGCAGCGAGGUUGACGCAGCGAUUAUGAUCAUGCACGGACGCUUGCGAGAUCCAGCGCUUCGACCUCACGUUAUUGCCCCUGCCCUGCUGCUAUCAGCCAUUGGAGAGCACUACCUCCGGAUUAUUGAGGCUUACUUUGACAAGGGCCAGCUUGUCAUGCGAAGUUGCCCGCUUAUGGACAUGCGGGAGCGGGACAUGAAUUGGCUCAUCACCUUGGCGAAGUGGUGCUGGGGAGGCCCUAGCAGCAAAAGUACCAAGCUCACUAAGACUUAA